AUGCUUGUAAGAGUAGCAUUUAAAAAUGUAAACUUAUUCAAAUACUCGAACACUUUGCACUUUUUCUCCACAAAUUCGGGUUAUGAGGCGCUAAAGGGGCGUCUAGAAGAAAUCAUUCCUGUAAAGAAAGAAGAAGUGAAAGAAUUAAAAUCAAAGUUUGGACAUGUCUCACUGGGGGAAAUAACAAUUGAACAGGCAUAUGGUGGUAUGCGGGGAGUUAAAUGCCUUGUUACUGAAACUUCCGUCCUUGACCCAUUAGAGGGAAUUAGGUAUAGAGGCUACAGUCUUCCCGAAUUGCUGAAUAAACUUCCUAAAGCCAAAGGAAGCGCUCAACCAUUACCGGAAUCUGUCUUUUGGCUGUUACUAACUGGCGAAAUUCCAUCGUUCUCUCAAGCAGAAGCCUUAUCGAAGGAAUUUGCUUCGCGAGCAGAUCUUCCAGCACAUAUUGUUCAGUUAUUAAAUAAUAUCCCGGCUGAUCUGCAUCCUAUGAGCCAGCUUAGCGCCGCAGUUACAGCCAUGAACAGUGAAAGUAAAUUUGCGAAAGCAUAUGCUAAGGGGCUUAAGAAAAGUGAAUAUUGGCGUUACGUUCUAGACGAUUCGAUAGAUUUGAUAUCGAAACUUCCCGUUGCCGCUGCCAUGAUAUAUAGAAAUGUUUUUAAAGACGGUAAAAUUAAAGCAGUUGAUUACAGUGAAGACUAUGCUCAGAACUUUGCCUCACUAUUGGGGUUUGACGAUCCGGGCUUUACAGACAUGCUUCGUUUGUACUUAGUGAUCCACGCUGACCACGAGGGUGGUAACGUGAGCGCCCAUACGACACAUCUUGUCGGAUCGGCGCUGUCCGACCCGUACCUGGCUUAUGCUGCCGGUUUGAACGGAUUGGCUGGCCCCCUCCACGGAUUGGCAAACCAACAAGUCUUACUUUGGUUGGAAAAGUUUAAAAAACUGUUAGGCGACUCGCCAAUUACUAAAGAAAAAGUUUCAGAAAUCGUGUUGAAACUGCUUGAGUCAGAGAAUGUCAUUCCUGGCUAUGGACAUGCCGUUUUACGAAGGACAGAUCCUCGUUACUUGUGCCAAAGAGAAUUUGCGCAAAAGCACCUGCCCGACUACUCUAAUUUCAAGUUAGUCUCCAUCCUCUACGAAGUGGUCCCGGAUAUACUGGAAAGACAGGGGAAAGCUAGGAACCCUUGGCCCAAUGUCGAUGCUCACUCAGGCAUUCUUUUACAGCACUACGGCUUAACGGAGCCAAAUUUUUAUACUGUUCUCUUCGGCGUUUCGCGCUCUUUGGGCACUUUGGCCUCACUUGUCUGGGAUCGCGCUUUGGGGUUGCCGCUCGAGAGACCCAAAUCUCUGUCCACUGAGAAAUUGAAAUACUUAGUAACUAAUUCCUGAACACCACUGAC